AUGGCUGAUUUGGCUGCAAUUUCACCGGGAACACCCUCACGCUUUCAGCAGCUGAUGACAGAACUGCUGGCAGAGCAUGAUCGGGAAGUGCAACUCCUGAAGCAGCAGAAGAUAGAAUUGCAAGAGCAAAUCAUCUCCUUGGACAUGGCUGGACAUGAGCGGGAGGAACGCGAGCUUCCUGAGCUUGAGACCAGCGAUGAGGCCGCACCAUUCCUAGAGGAGCCUUCCACCGAGCAUCCCCUGCGACAGGAAGCUAAUCUGGAAAUGCUGCCUGGGCCCCCGACUGUCACUAUAGAGUGCUUGCCAGAAGGGCAUCAUGCCAAGGCCGAGGCAGAGGUGGAACCAGCGAGUGCUUCCAGACCAAGCUCUCCCGCAAGAGCUCGACCAAGAGCUCGACUUGCACCAGAACCACUGGAACCGCUGGAGACUUUCAAGCCCUCGAAUCCGGAAGGUGAACCUGUUCGGCUGAGUCAAACAUCGGACCAGGUGGAAGUAGUCAGGGCCAUUGCCUACACUCUUCAGUUACCUGGUUCAGCCUUACCAGGCGAAGUGGACACCGCCAAGGGGCAAAUGGUGGUCACGGUGAAGUGCGGUGAGAUGACUGGAGAUAUUCCGACCGCGGCUGCGCUUCGGCAGGACGGACCCCAGGAGGCUGAAUUACCUAAUCAGAUCAGCAGCGACGAAACUUGGGCCACGGCAUGGGAUAACACAGGCGGUGAAGUGCUCCUGCACGUGCCGCGGUCCAUGCUUGACAAGAGCAUCCCAUUCGAUGUCCAAACCGCUGGUUCAGCAAUUCACAUUGCUAGCGGAAUGAUGCAGCUCAAUUCCGAGCGACAGCAGUGGACGCUUGACUGCGGUGGUUUUCUCGAGAGCGAAAUUCACGUUGAGAAGGCGAAGACCCCGCCUGGGACCAUGCGCCGUGCCAGCACAACCACACGGGCCAGAAUCGUUGAGAGGUUGGAAAGACUAUUUGAUGUGAAAGAUGGGGCUGCCAAAGUUGUAAUGCCAGCAGAUUUGGGUCUUGCUAUGCGCAAUGCUGGGGUUUUGAAUGCAAAGUCUUCGAAAAGACAAUCCACUAAAUUUGAGUCGCGGCUAGCGCCUGAAGACCUGGAUGAGGUCGUGAUUGAGUUGAAGAGGAUCUCGCAGAAGACCAUGGCCAAAGGGAAACCUCGCAAAUCAGUUUCAUUACAGCCUGUUAUUUCGUGGUCUUCCUUCGUGGAGUGUAUGCAGAUGGAAAAUUUACCCACAUUCACAUCAGGGCAUGCCG